AUGAGUCAUUCACAUUUCAAAUCAGCAAGUGAAUCAUUGAUUGAGACGCGUUCGAUUAAUACUACUAUCACUGCUAUACCAUCUUCUAAUCACCAAGCACAUAAAAGAACAAACUCCUCAUCGCAGACAACAACUGCUGGUGGUGGAGGUUUGGUGAAUUAUUUGUCAAACUUAAAAGAUCGUGCUCUCAAAUCGAACAAUCACAAUGAGAAAGCCACAUCACAAAAUACGUCAUCGCCUCGACCAUCAAUCACCGUAAUAAACACCAAUUCAGAUGGUGCCGAUGCCAAUGUUUUAAUUGUUUCCCCAAGAACAACUCGCCGUAAAACAUGGCCUACUUCUCGAGAAAACAAUUAUCAGAAACGAAAAGGUGUUUUAUUGAGCGGAGAGGAAGAACGUGAUUCCGUAAUCAAUAUUUAUUUGGAGCAUCGUGAUCAUUUGGAACAAGAUUUACCUAAUGAUGCACAAAAACUAUUUCCACAAGUUUAUUUCGCUACGGAAAAUAAUUCAAAAUCGUCGUUUAUCAUGGACGCCACAGAAAAUAAGUUGUCCGUUGCUGGAACUUCGGUUUGGUGA